ACAAAACAGUUUUGGAUUUUCUUAAUUGGGCAACAGCUUUGAUCUCGUGAAGUGUCCACACCACCGCGUCGCACCACUGCGCUUGCUCUCUGUUCUGCUGUCCACUCUCGAGUGGUCUCUGUUUCUGCUUGCUGGGUCUUGAGAGAUCUUUAACUCUUCAAUUGUCAACACCACUUACCUCACAGGUUUCGUGGUUCAAGAUAGAUAAAAUGAGCCUCACCGCUUUCGGCUCCAUUUGUUUUCACGGAGGCCACUGUUGGAACAACCCCAAGGACUUCAGAAAGGUGUCCAAGGUGAGAAAGCAACAAGAUGGGAAGCUACUUGUUAAGUGUUCGAUCAAGAGUGGGAACCCAACUUCACAAAAUACUGUUCGUGUUGGUGUUCUUGGAGCUAGUGGCUACACUGGUUCUGAGGUUCUCAGGCUUUUGGCUAAUCAUCCACAAUUUUCGGUUGCAUUGUUGACUGCUGACAGAAAAGCUGGGCAGCCAAUCUCAUCUGUAUUCCCACAUUUGCGCACUCAGGACUUGCCAAAUUUGAUUGCAAUAAAGGAUGCAAAUUUUUCUGAUGUGGAUGCUGUAUUCUGUUGUUUGCCACAUGGAACUACUCAGGACAUAAUUAAAGGCCUUCCAAAGCACUUGAAGAUUGUUGAUCUUUCUGCAGAUUUUCGUCUAAGAGAUAUUUCUGAGUAUGAAGAGUGGUAUGGUCAGCCACACAGAGCACCUGAUUUGCAGAAAGAAGCUAUAUACGGAUUGACAGAGGUUUUAAGGAAGGAAAUCAAGAAUGCAUGCCUAGUUGCUAAUCCUGGUUGUUAUCCGACUUCUAUUCAACUUCCCCUUGUCCCUUUGAUAAAGGCUAAUCUUAUUGAGAUUAAAAAUAUUAUCAUUGAUGCUAAAUCUGGCGUGAGUGGAGCAGGGCGUAGUGCCAAAGAAAAUUUAUUGUUCACUGAAGUAACCGAAGGUCUCAAUUCUUAUGGUGUUACCCGGCAUCGCCAUGUUCCAGAAAUUGAACAAGGACUCGCUGAUGCUGCAAGUUCAAAAGUAACUGUUAGUUUUACUCCACACCUGAUUCCAAUGAGUCGUGGCAUGCAAUCAACUAUUUAUGUGGAAAUGGCUCCAGGAGUGAGAAUUGAGGACCUGUACCAGCAACUGAAACUCUCAUAUGAGGAUGAAGAAUUUGUUGUGGUGUUGGAAAAUGGAGACAUUCCUCGAACUCAUAGUGUUAAAGGAUCUAAUUACUGUUUGAUCAAUGUUUUUCCUGACCGAAUUCCUGGAAGAGCAAUCAUUAUAUCUGUAAUUGAUAAUUUAGUGAAGGGAGCUUCAGGUCAAGCUUUACAAAACCUAAAUCUGAUAAUGGGAUUUCCAGAAAAUUUGGGGCUUCAUUACCUGCCUCUGUUUCCCUAGAGUAGUUACCUUUUCCAACUAGAAUAAGCCAAAGACUUUUGUUGAGCUUAUUUGUCCACGGCAUCUAUUCUUCCGUGUAAACUUAGACAUGGGUAUUUUCAGCUUUGCUUCUAUUAACUUAUGCCAAUAAUAGUGGUGCAGCAUCAAUGUCUUGGAUAGAGCUCUAACAUUGUAGUCACAGUUCCACCACAAUACUCGAUGGUCAAGAGGAAAUAUUUUCAAAUUAUGUAUUUUCAUCCCCAAGAUUGCAUUUUGAAAUUCUUGUAGAUUUUAGAAGGGAGUUCCUCAUAGUCAGAAGGGAUACUAAAGCAUAUCACAAUCUCCCUGUUUCUUUCCUUUUCUUGGUCUAGAAUGCUAGAAUAAGUCAUUGAAGGUGGUGGGACUUCUAGUUUUUCAAGGAUGGGUUUUGGUCUUUUUGUAUUGCCAAUAUGUUUAGUGUGGACUACGAAAUCUUCAUCUCAAGUUUACUUUCCGAGAUAUGUUUCAAUUUGACUUCCUGCCUAUUUGGUUUUCACUAAAAUCACAGCUGCAGAACAAGGAAUUGGUUACCGCGGAUCUUUUGUGUUGGAUUGGAUUUAGUUUUGUGAGAUGUAUGAAGUACAGUGAGAUUUAUAAAGUGAGAAAGUGAAAACUUAUUCAUUAAUUUGAAUUAUGUAUUUUAUAAUUAUAAUUUUAAAUCAAUGAUGAGAAGAUCUUUAUUUUGU